AUGGGAGCGGAGAAGAAAUUACUACAAAUUAAGGAGGCUUUUCAGCUGGCCCAGCUGCCCCAUCAGAACCACGCCAAGCUCGUGGCUGCCUUGAACCGAACCUACAGUACAAUAGAAGAUAAAACAAUUUUUUUUAAAGAAUUCAUUCAUUAUCUUAAAUAUGCCAUGAUAAUUUAUAAGCGGGAACCUGCUGUGGAACGAGUAAUAGAUUUUGCAGCGAAGUUUGUUACUUCUUUUCACCAAUCAGAAAAAGAAGAUGAUGACGAAGAUGAAGAAAGUUCCCUUUUAAGUUAUUUGUUUACUUUUCUCCUUGAGUCUCAUGAAGCAAAUAGUAAUGCAGUUAGAUUUAGAGUGUGCCACCUUAUAAAUAAACUUCUGGGAAGUAUGCCAGAAAAUGCCCAGAUCGAUGAUGAUUUGUUUGAUAAAAUUAAUGAAGCCAUGCUAAUUAGAGUGAAAGAUAAAAUUCCAAAUGUGAGGAUUCAAGCAGUUCUGGCUCUUGCUAGACUUCAGGAUCCCAAAGAUGAUGACUGUCCUGUAGUUAAUGCAUAUAGUUCCUUACUUGAGAAUGAUUCCAAUUCAGAAGUGAGGCGUGCAGUGUUAUCUUGUAUUGCUCCAUCAGCAAAGACUUUGUCAAAAAUUGUUGGGCGUACCAGGGAUGUGAAAGAGACUGUCAGGAAGCUGGCAUAUCAGGUUUUAGCUGAAAAGGUUCAUAUGAGAGCUUUGUCUAUAGCUCAGAGAGUUAAGCUUCUUCAACAAGGACUUAAUGACAGAUCAGAGGCUGUGAAAGAAGUUAUGCAGAAGAAACUUCUUCAGUCUUGGUUACAUUUCACUGAAGGAGAUAUCCUACAGUUUCUUCAUCGACUGGAUGUAGAAAACUGCCCUGGGGUGGCAGACUCAAUCCUGAAGGCCUUGUUUGCCAUGAUUCCUCUUAGUGAACUGACGGAAGUCUGUAAAAACAGUGAUGGCAGGAAAUUGAUCCCUGUGGAAACACUCACCCCCGAAAUUGCUUUGUACUGGAGAGUUCUUUGUGAAUAUUUGAAAUCUAAAGGAGAUGAAGGGGAAGCUUUCUUAGAGCAAAUUUUGCCAGAAGCUGCUAUCUAUGCAGAAUAUCUAUUGAGUUAUAUUCAGAGCAUUCCAGUUGUGACUGAAGAAAAAAAAGGAGAUUUUGCCUAUAUUGAAAAUCUGAUGACAAAAGAGUUUAUAGGUCAACAACUAAUUCUAAUUAUCAAGUCCUUGGAUACCAAUGAAGAGGGAGGAAGAAAGCAAUUAUUGGUUGUCCUGCAAGAGAUUCUUACUCUACCAACUCUCUCAAUUUCCUUGGUUUCUUCCCUGGUUGAGAGACUGCUUCAAAUCCUUAAUGAUGAUAUUAAGAAGACACAGAUUGUUACAGAAAUCAUUUCAGAGAUCCGGGAACCCAUGGUCCCUGCUGAUGUGUCUGAAGAUUCUGCUGAAACAAGAAAAAAAGAGCUCAGACUGGCAGAAGUAAAGGUGAAGCUUAUCGAAGCCAAGGAAGCUUUGGAGGAAUGCAUUACCCUACAGGACUUUAAUCAUGCAUCCAUAUUAAAAGAGAAAAUAAAAGAACUAGAAGAUGCUAAAAUAGACCUAAUAAAAGAAACAGAGCAACUUGAAAUUACGGAAGUUCACACAGAGAAGAAUGAUCCUGAAACAAUACAGAAAUGUCUAAUUUUAUGCUAUGAACUUCUGAAACAGAUCUCUAUUUCUACGGGCAUAAGUGCAAGCAUGAAUGUUAUUAUUGACUCUUUGAUUCUUCCUGGAAUAACAAGUAUUCAUCCUGCAGUGAGAAAUAUGGCUGUGUUAUGCUUAGGUUGUUGUGGUCUGCAGAACCAAGAUUUUGCCAGUAAACAUUUUGCGUUAUUAUUACAGGUUUUGCAAAUUGAUGAUGUCACAAUAAAAAUAAGUGCUCUCAAGGCAGUUUUUGACCAGCUAUUGUUGUUUGGGACUGAUCCAUUUAAAUCCAAAAAAGACAAGGACCUCAACAGUGGAGAAGCAGAGAUAACUGAAGAUGGUGGUGAUCCUGACCACAUAAAGGCUGUGGAGGAAGAGACUGCCACUGCUAAGAAUAUCCUGAAACUUCUGGCUAGUUUUUUAGACAGUGAGGUUUCUGAGCUCCGGACAGCUGCUGUAGAAGGACUAGUCAAGUUGAUGUUCUCCGGACGAUUAGUUAGUAGCCGGCUUCUUUCUCGUCUUGUCUUGUUAUGGUAUAAUCCUGUGACAGAAGAGGAUAUUCAACUGCGACAUUGUUUAGGUGUUUUCUUCCCUAUAUUUGCUUAUUCAAGCAGAACUAAUCAGGAGUGCUUUGAAGAAGCUUUCUUCCCAACUCUGAAGACGCUGGUUAAUGCGCCUGCAUCUUCUCCUUUAGCUGAAAUAGAUAUUGCUAAUGUAGCCGAACUACUUGUAGACUUGACAAGACCAAGUGGGUUGAAUCCUCAAUCUAGAACCUCCCAGGACUACCAGGCUUCAACAGUUCAUGAUAAUUUGGCCAUAAAAAUUUGCAAUGAAAUCUUAAUAAGUCCGUGUGCUCCAGAAAUUCGCAUUUAUGUAAAAGCCUUGAAUUCUUUAGAACUCAGUAACAGUUUUACAAAAGAACUUAUUGUUCUAUUGGAUGAGAUUCUUGAGGAAGUAAAAGACAGGACAUGUUUGAGGGCCUUAGAGAAAAUCAAGAUACAGCUGAACAAAGGAAGUCAUGAACAUCCUGACCAGUUUGGGGGAGCACAGGACCCUGAUACUGCUACCAGGGGCAUUAAUCAGAAUGAGGAAGAAAAGAAUAAAGAAAUGUUUCAGACUCCUUUUAUAACCAAAAAUAAAGCUGUUGGAACACUUAAAACCACUGUAUCCAAAACUAACAAAGGACGGAGAAAAGGCACAGUUACUUCAAAGUCUGUGAACAGAAGACAUCAAAAUGCUGAGCCUAAUUCCGAAAGUGACCAGGAAGUACCAGAACCAGGUACAGAGAUGAAAAUGAGACUCCCCAGAAGAGCUAAAACAGCAGCUUUGGAAAAAACAAAACUCAACCUCAUACCUCUUCUUGGUGAAGAAGACAACUAAGCAAUGAGACCUAGUAAAGUUGAAUUUUAAAAAUCGUAUCAAUAUUCUUUUAAUUUUUCAUUUUCCCCCUACUUUAAUGACUUCUACAUUUUGGGGCAGAAAAUGAU